AAGAAAAUUCAUUAAAAAAAAAAACAAAAAAAAAAACAAGUGAUGGAUUCAAAGUUCAUAUCUUUCAUCUUAUGGUGCAUUCCCUAUAGCUUCCGAAUCGUGUUUCAUCUUAUAUUGCAUCACCUGCGGCUCGACUGUUUGCAUAAAAAGUCGAGCCGUGUCUCCAUCGUGGCCGACACCUCACCACCGCAUCCCGAUGUCGUCGGUAUCACCAGUGACGACCUCGGGGUCGUGAUGAGGCGGCUGCGGCUGCCUCACCACGAGCCGUUUUCACGAGAUUCGGUUGAGAAUAUCGCGGACUUGUUUGAUGGGGCGGAGCCGAUGCCGGACGAGGUGAGAGAAGCGUUUAGGACGUUCGACGAGAACGACGACGGCUUCGUCGAUGCGGCGGAGUUGGGGAAGGUGAUGAGCUCGCUAGGUUUUGUGGGGUUGUCGGAAGAGGAAUGCAAGAGGAUGAUAAUGGUGUUUGAUGAUGAUGGAGAUGGAAGGAUUAGUUUUGGGGAGUUUGUGAAACUCAUUGAGGAAAGUGUGUGUGAAACUAGUUAGUUAUGAGCCUUGAAGUUUUUGGUUUGAUCACGUCACAUUGUAGAUAUGCAUGAAGAUUGUGGUAAAUGACCAACUCAUUUGUGGGUGAGUGUGUGUGUGUUUUUUUUUCGCUGAUUUUAUUAUGGUUUAAAUAUUGAAAAAAAUUGUGAGAUACCCCUAUGUUCCAUUUGUAUUGGCCCCUUACUUUUGGUACUUUUGGACAGUACAGAGACUAAAAAAGGUGGAGUGUUUUACUUUUGCUCA